AUGUAUGGAAAUAUGGGUCAGAGCAGUGAAGAUACAGUCGUAAGAUGUGUAGUCGAAUUUGUCGAUGAACGGAUUGGAGUUGGACGACCACAGGUACCAAGACAGUAUGUUAUCGAGUUUCUUGACUUCCUCAUCGGUAAAUCUAUCGACGUACAUGUUGUAGGUGAGCUUAGAGAGUGUGUAGCUUUUGACUAUGGCCAUCUUGAUUCAAAACAAAGUUAA